AUGAGAGGGGGUUCUUCAUUUCAUAUCUUCAGACUACCUGAUGAUCCAGAUAGUCUUUUAUUGGAUAUUCCUCUAUCUGAAAUAUUAUUGAAACUAAAUGGGAAAAAUUUGUUUAGCUCUAAGCAAGAACAGAUAAACUUUUACGAAAGAUACACAACCCGUCUUAGAGAUGAACCAAUGGAGAUCGAAUAUGGUCCGUUAGCUUGGCCAUUUAUUGAACGAAAGGAGCCUGCAUUGCAUAUGAUGUUAAAGUAUAUUCGUGAUUCAAAAAUGAAUAAAGACAUGAAUCUGAAUAUACUGGAAUUUUUCCAAGCACCCAGCCUGAGAGUUACCGCUAAUGAUCAAGCUGAAUGUUGGCAUGAAACAACCAAUACUAUUCUCCUAAGAAUCAAGAAUAUUUUACCAUCUAGAAAAAUUGCUUGGAAACUCAUAUCAAUAUUUUUUCAACAUGUCUAUAUAUUUAUGCCUAUCUUGGAUGAAAUAUCAUUUCGAGAAGAAAUGAAAAGGAUUAUUGGUCCUGAAGAAUAUUCUACCAACAAUAUUAAUCCAUCUAUCCAGAAAAUAGAUGAUUUUGCUGUUAUUGGAAUUUUACUCAUAUUACUACGCAUAGCUUCCUUACAAGAAUAUAAGAAUUAUGGUUGUUAUGUUUCAGAUAAUGAACACAUAGGGUCAGAAAAUAUUGAUGUAGCAAUUAUGUGCUUACGACGCUACAAUUUUAUGGGUCAAAUAAGUCUAUGUGUUUUUCAAUGUGCUUUUUUUUUGAAGCUUUAUCAAAAGGUUUGCCCGGCUUUCCAUGAAGAUUCACAAAAUAGAAAUUCAAAAGUGUAUAACGGUAUGCUUGUACAAAUGGCGUACUCGCUAGGUUUGAAUAAGAACUCUCAUUUGACUGACCAGCGCAUGAAUAGCUUAAGAAGAAAAAUAUGGCAUCUUUUGGUUUUAUUUGACAUAAUAGAAUCAUAUUCUUUCGGUUCUCCAUUAACUGCAAAUAGACUUCAUUCCACAUCAAGACUCAUUACUCCUAAUGAAAUUGAUGAUAAUAACUCAAAUAAUUUAGAUUGUGCUUUGGAACGGUCAGUAGUUCGUCAUUUGAUAACCCUGAUGGAUAAUAUGGACCCUCUAAUUGAUAUUCUUGAUAAGAUUCUUGAUGUAAAAGGACAGACUAAAAUUUCAAGUUUAGUGAAUUCAAUAAUUAAGGUGGAGAUAAGAAUAUCAACAUGUUUUGGAUUUUUAAAAGAAAAUUUGGUUCCUAUAUCAGAACAUACAUCUACAGUGGAAAUUCAUGAUAAGAUACAUAGAAUAAAAUCAUUAAUAUCUAUAAAGAUCUUUUUGUUAUCAAUAUAUCAGCACCUAGCAAUACACUUUCAGCAUACAAAGAAUAUAAGAUUAGCAAUGUUUUACAGGAAGAAAAUUCAAUGUAUAACUAUCGGUGAGAUGUUGCCCUUAGUGUUGCCGCUAACAAAAGAUAUGAGAAAUUACUUUGGAAACCUUGGAAUAUUAGUAAUAACUUCAUUUUUCUUUCAAUCCAUUUAUAGAACCACUUUGCUGAACAUUGAGGUAUUAAUUCAAUUGAAUUAUCAAUCUUACUAUUUUACAGAUAUUUAUUCUGAGAAGAAAAAUGAAUCUUCCGUUUACUCUUAUCUUUGCAAAGCAAUUGAGAAAUUAGAAAAGUGCAUAGGUAUAUUCAUAUUGUGUAUCUCAAAAUUGUCUAAAGAGUACAACUACACACGCAAACCCAAAGAUUUAUUGAAUGCUUAUUUAUCUAUCCUCAAGAAAGAUGAUUUUUAUGAGAGUAAUGCUAACGAUAAAGCAUUGAAAAUGAAGCUUACAACUGACUAUUUAAAGCAGAUGUGUUAUAUAUACGAUGCUGCGUUGGAGGAAAUCGCAGACUCUCCUUAUGGCUUGGAUUCUGCUGAAAUAUCCUACUGCAAUAAUGAUAUCGAUGAGAAAUAUAUUUUCAGUUCUACUGAUCUUGCGACUUUAAAUUUUGAUACAACAGACUAUCUUAGUCUGUUUGGUAAUAAUUACAACAUAGUGGAUGUAAAUAAUUCCUUUUUCGCAGAUGUUGAAGGUUUAUUUCAAAGUUAA